GUCCCGCGGUGCCAGGCUGGCACAGCCUGUGUGCCAUCAGCCAUGCUGGUGUCGUAAUUGGCCUCCAGAAGGAUGUUGUUGGCCUCCUUCUGCCCAAGCACUCCACCACUCCUGGGGUCACCUCGCCCUGUGCUGGGUGUGAGGUACAUGGUUCUCCGUACCGUCUGGGACUGUGUCUAGGACAGAGGGAGCCCAUCCGACCUGGUGAGGGCUCAGGACAGGGUUAGAUCCUUCCAAGCUGAUGGUGUCUCCUGGGGAGACCUCAGCUGGGCAGUCACUCCCCUAAACCAGAAGUCCCCCAUCACUUGCUUUCCCUGUAACCAAGAGCCCAGGCAGGCAGGCUCCCUUUCCUGGAACCAAAGAGCAGGUCUGUCUGGGGGUGGGGUGCAAGGACAGUCAUUCCAAGUCCUGAGUUAGUCCUAGUAGGCCUCACAGGUCUGUCUACUUGCUCUGCAGCAAUGACUGACCCCUUCUGUGUUGGAGGCAGCCGCCGACUCCCGGCGUCCAGCAAGAGUGGGCCUGGGAAGGAUGGCAGCCGGAAUGAGGUCCGUCUUCCUGUGCGGCAUGACCCACCAAAGCUGGGGUUGCCGGUGGCCCGGGGUGGGCAAACAGUACCCAGCCAGGCCCCACUCUGCUUUGACCCGGGAAGUCCAGCCAGCGACAGGACAGAAGGGAAGAAAAAGGGGCGUCCGAAAGCUGAGAACCAGGCCCUCCGAGACAUUCCUCUCUCCCUGAUGAACCAGUGGAAAGAUGAAUUCAAGGUGCACUCACGGGUGAAGUGUCCCAACUCAGGGUGCUGGCUGGAGUUUCCCAGCAUCUACGGGCUCAAGUACCAUUACCAGCGGUGCCAAGGGGGUGCUAUCUCAGAAAGGCUGACCUUUCCCUGCCCCUUCUGUGAAGCCGCCUUCACCUCCAAGACCCAGCUGGAGAAGCACCGGAUUUGGAACCACAUGGACCGACCCCUGCCUGCCCCCAAGCCUGGGCCAGUCAGCCGGCCAGUCACCAUCAGCCGGCCUGUUGGGGUCAGCAAGCCCAUUGGAGUGAGCAAACCUGUCACUAUUGGCAAACCUGUAGGUGUCAGCAAACCCAUCGGUAUCAGCAAGCCAGUGACGGUCAGCAGACCUGUGCCAGUCACCAAGUCAGUGACGGUCAGCAGGCCUGUGCCAGUCACCAAGUCAGUGACGGUCAGCAGGCCUGUGCCAGUCACCAGACCAGUGACAAUCAGCAGGCCUGUGCCGGUCACCAAACCAGUGACAGUCACCAGGCCCGUGCCGAUCACCAAGGCUGUGCCAGUCACCAAGCCCAUACCGGUCACCAAGUCUGUGCCCGUCACCAAGCCAGUGACAGUCAGCAAGCCAGUGCCAGUCACCAAACCGGUGACCACAAACAAACCGGUGCCGAUGACAAAACUUGUGACAGUUACGAAACCUGUUCCAGUCACAAAGCCGGUGACGGUCAGCAGGCCCAUUGUGGUCAGUAAGCUGGUGACAGUCAGCAGGCCCAUUGCCAUCAGCAGACAUACACCGUCCUGCAAAAUGGUGCUGCUGACCAAGUCUGAGAAUAAAACUCCUCGUGCAACGGGGAGGGCCAGUGGGAAGAAAAGGGUUGCAGAUGGCAUGGACACCUGCCCUCUUCCACCAAAGCAGGUGAGGUCAGAGAAUGGGGAGUACAGCCCGUCCACCACAGGCCAGGGCUCAGCCUUCCAGCCUAGCACAGACCCCAGCAGUGGCCCCCUUUCUCUGGGCAGCAGGCCCUUGGGGGACAAGGAGGCACCAAGGGCCACCGGCCCUGUGUCCCUACCUGAAGAGGGAGCCGAGCGCACGAAGCACAGAAGGAAACAGAAAACACCCAAGAAGUUCACGGGGGAACAGCCAUCCAUCUCAGGAACCUUUGGACUCAAAGGCCUGGCCAAGGCGGAAGACAAAUCCCGAGGCUACCGUGCCAAGAAGCAGGAGGGGCCAAGCCCCGAGGACUUCCGGAAGAAGGUGCCAGCCCCUUCCAGCACUGUCAGCAAGGAGGUGCUGGCCCCUGUGGCCCAUCCAACCCCAGGUGGCCCUGAGGAACAGUGGCAGCGGGCCAUCCAUGAACGGGGGGAGGCCGUCUGUCCCACGUGCAAUGUGGUCACCCGAAAGACCCUCGUGGGGCUCAAGAAGCACAUGGAGGUGUGUCAGAAGCUGCAGGAUGCCCUCAAGUGCCAACACUGUCGGAAGCAGUUCAAGUCCAAGGCCGGCCUCAACUACCACACCAUGGCUGAGCACAGCACCAAGCCCUCUGACACCGAGGCCUCUGAGGGGAGUGAGCAGGAGGAACGUGAGCGGCUACGCAAGGUGCUGAAGCAAAUGGGGAGGCUGCGAUGCCCCCAGGAGGGCUGUGGGGCCGCCUUCUCCAGCCUCAUGGGCUACCAGUACCAUCAGCGACGCUGUGGGAAGCCGCCCUGUGAGGUGGAUAGCCCCUCCUUUCCCUGCACCCACUGCGGCAAGACCUACCGCUCUAAGGCCGGCCAUGACUACCACAUGCGCUCCGAGCACACGGCCCCGCCUCCUGAGGAGCCCCAAGACAAGCCCCCUGAGGCUGAGGACCUGUUGGGUGUUGAGCGGACCCCCAGCGGCCGCAUCCGUCGCACGUCGGCCCAGGUUGCUGUGUUCCACCUGCAGGAGAUUGCGGAGGACGAACUGGCCCGAGACUGGACCAAGCGGCAGAUGAAAGAUGACCUGGUGCCCGAGACGGCACGGCUCAACUAUACUCGGCCAGGCCUCCCCACGCUCAGCCCCCAGCUGCUGGAGGCCUGGAAGAAUGAAGUCAAGGAGAAAGGCCAUGUCAACUGUCCCAAUGAUUGCUGUGAAGCCAUCUACUCCAGUGUGUCCGGCCUCAAGGCCCAUCUCACCAGCUGCAGCAAGGGAGACCACCUGGUGGGAAAGUACUGCUGUCUGCUGUGUCCGAAGGAGUUCAGCUCCGAGAGUGGUGUCAAGUACCACAUCCUCAAGGCCCACUCGGAGAACUGGUUCCGAACUUCUGCAGACUUGCCUCCCAAACACAGGAGCCAGGACUCAUUGGCACCCAAAAAGGAGGAGAAGAGUCUGGCAGGAGGGAAGAAGCGGGGCCGUAAGCCCAAGGAAAGGCCCCCUGAGGAGCCUGCACCCAAGAUUCCCCCCCGCCAGGAUGACUGGCCCCUAGGAGGCAGAGACAAGGGGACCCGGGGCUCCACUAGCCGGAAGGUGGGAGCCAGCAAGGCACCCGAGAAGUGAGCAUGGUGGCUGGCAGGUGAUGGGGGCCUGGUCCCCACACUGGCCAAGCCCUCCUCUGACCAGGGUGGGGUAGCUAGCUCUGGGACAUCCUGCCCUCCAGUUCCCCACCCCCACCCCUGCUUACUCUUUGUCCAGUGGGGGCAGCCAGCCUGCUCUUCUCCCCGAAGGUGGCCCUUCCCCUGUGCAGGCUGCUACAGGGCACAUCUAGGCUGGGGCUUCCUGAGAAGGGCCAGUGGCAGUCACAGAAGUGCAAUAGCCUGGAGGGACAUUCAUGGGCCUGGCAGAGUCUAGGCCCUGGAGGGGCAGAGGGAGAGUCUACGACCUGGGCCUCAGUGCCAUGAGGGUAUGCAGAGUGGUCAGAUGCCUUUUGGCCCUGGCCAUGCGAGCUGAGUGCCCCAUCAGCUUCCUCAGGCCCAAGGCUUGGGGGUCCCUGGUUCUAGGCUGAUGAGGAUACCUGAGCAGCCUCGCCUCUCUACCCAACACUGGAACCCCAGCACCCCCAGCUACCUCCCUGGACAGACCCUGAGUCUGACCGCUGCCAUGCUGACCUGACAGUUCACCCCCCUCACCCCUCCCUGCCUCUGGUUCCUUUGCUUCUGUUCUCUACCUCUCCAGGUCCGUCCUCCCCCGCCUGUGUGAGCCCUGCUGUGUUUGGGCCCCUGACCCACUAGCUUGUGUCCAUCCUGGAGAGGAAGGUGGCCCCACUGACGGGCUCUCUGCCAUCCCCUCUGGUGCUCCCUGCUUGGGGCAAGGGAGGGCCUCUGGUUUUCCAUUUGCUGGGCUGCAGGAGUUGGGGCCACAUGGAGCUUUGCUGAUACCACUGGUUGGGAUAGCCUGAUAGGUUAGGGAUGGGCCAGUCUGGGCCCUGGGGCCAUGGGCAUGUGGGGCAGGGAACUGGGCCCAACUCUGAGGAAUGACCGCUGCAGGAAUCAGCCUUCUGUCUGCUGGUCUGGUUUGGCCUGUGGCCAGCCUCCCAGGGGAGCACCCUACCCCUUUUUAUACCUGCCCCUUUGUUUAUGGUUGUGUGGUCUUUUGAUAUGGGAGCUGAAGGCCUGGGAGGGGGCUUGGCCAAGGUCACAGUGGGUUGACGGGAGCUCGGGGCUGUCUUGGCUCCCUUUGAGGCCCUGAGAACAGCUAGGUCUGAAGGUUGGGCAGGGUUCAGGCUGGAAUUCAGGGUGCCUGGAGGAGUUGGCCAACAGCUGUGGCCUCCUCCCUGGGCCCCACCUUCCAGCUGUGGCUGCCUGGGGGAGGAUGACACUAAGAGUUGCUGGGUUUGAAUGGAGGCUGUUUUCCACUGGGGGGCGGGGGUGGGCUGAGGGCUCGGCCUUGCCGAUCCUGGAUGAUGUGAAUUUUGAUAUUUGCCCGUGUGCUUGUGUCUCCUGGGUGUGUAGUGGAUGCCAGUCUUGUUGCUGUGACAAGUAACAACCUUUUUUUAUUCUGUUUUUUAUACAAAAACUUACAACAAUCUGACAUUUUGGUGCUAAGGGUUUCCUGGUGCCGAUGGUGGAUCUGGGGUAUGGGCUAGGGUCCCUGAGGUACCUCCCCUGCUCAGGGAGGCAGUACCAACUGGGCACCCCUCUGCCCCCCAGCUGCCAUCCUCACCCAGCCCUGGAGAGGAGGGGCUCCAAGCUAGACUCCGCUCUCCUCGCCCUGUGGUAGGGGGACAGGUUCCCAGGGGCUUUGGGACCAGGUCACUGUGCUGCCUGUUUCUGGCUUCUUUGUCCAGAGGCUCUGAUCCUGGGCAGCCCUGGCCUGGUGGUGUAGGGAGGGGGUGUGGGCAUGUGGACUCCUCCCCACUCACAUACAUGGGCACAUGGGAGUGACCCAGUGUCAAAGUCAAGGUGGGGCAGCAUGGGCUGGGCUUUGGGAAAGGAGGGCUUUCUUUCCUGUGCUGUCACUAUGGUGUAUAGCUGGUGGAGGUGGGGUCAGGCAGCCCCUGCAGGGUCAGCCUCAAGAGGGGAGGGGGAAGUAGGCGCUGACGGGAACCCCAGGUACACUUUCUCUGCCCUUGUCACCAAUGGCUGGAGGAGGUUGGACCUCAACACCUCUACUGGGGACAGCCGCCCGCCCCGGCCUCUCAGGUACUUGGCCCUUGGGGAGUGGGGGGCUGUUUUUUGCUUGGGGGUGUUUCCAGGUCACCCUCCAAAGUCCACAGAUGGUCCCUGGUGUGGGAACCCCAUCUAGAUGUGUGGGAAGAGGUGGGGUCCUGGAUAACUUGAUGUUUAGCACUUUAACCCCCAUCUUUGUCUUUAAAGUGGGUGUGGGGGCUGCUGCCAAAAGUAGCUAUUGGGUUGGACCCUUGUCUCCCCCUUCUUCUCUCCCUGCUUCCUGCACUCAGUGGCAAGCUGGUCUGCAGAGACCUCUGAUGGGGGCAGAGCCCUGGGUGGUUCAGCAGGAUCUGCCCACCUCCCACCCUGGCGGGAAUACAGCCAGGUAACUACCUGGCCUUGACUGACACCUUCGGUGAGAGGGACCAGAGUGGCAGGCUCCCAGGGUUGGUGGGCAUGGCCUCUGCCUGAGACCCAAGCCCUGGGCACAAGGCGGAGUCCCUUUCUGAAGAUCUACCUCUGGCCUAGCCCACCCCCUGCCCUGAGAACAGGAAAGGGGCUGACUAAAGCAGCUGACACUUCACACAAAAAUAGGAUGCACUUUAUUUGCUUGUGCAAGGCAGAUGAGGGUGUGUCCUGGUGUGACCGGUGGCCAUCCCAGCCCUAGCCCCUGCCCUGCUGUUCCUGUGGUUCAGAAGGGAAAGAACUGGUGCACCCUGACCUGCGGAGGGCAGGGCUGUCCCAGCGUUUCCUCGCUGUGCCUCAGGAGGCUUGUCCAGGAGCUCUGAGGCUCAAGGGGGCCGGGCAGCACCUCCGGCCUGGCAGCCACGUGUCCUGUACUUUGGGUUUCUUGGUUUGUUUUUUAAUGCCAGUUCUCCGUACAUAAGUGCAUUUUGAAAGAGAGGUUCCAGCUAUCACUUGUAACCAUAUAUAUACAUAUAUAUUCUAUCUACAAAGUGUUUAUUUGCAAAAUGUUUUGGUGAGCUCGGGCCCUGCCCACCUCGUGGCCAUCUGUCCCCGGUCCUCGUCCCCGCCCCCUGGCCCUGAGUGGCACGGGGGCGGGUCAUCAACUGUAUGUAUUAAAUACGACUGUAUCAAAUAAAUGUUUAUUGAUUUUUUUCCCCCCA